AUGGCUCCCUUGUACCAAAAGACCCUCGUGCUCGGUGCCUCGUCCGGUAUUGGAGAGGCCCUUGCCGCCAAGCUCAUAGCCACAGGGACAAAGGUGAUUGUCGUCGGUAGACGGAGUGAUAAGCUUGAAGAGUUCGUGAAGAAACAUGGAGAGGAUAGUGCAAGGGCUGUUGUGUUUGACGUCACGGACUUGAAAGGAAUCAAAAGCUUUGCCGAAUCUAUCACCCAGUCUGAUCCAGAUUUGGACUCUAUCGUGUUCAGUUCAGGUAUUCAACGAGGAUUUGACUUUACAAACCCUGAAACUCUGGAUCUAUCUGUUCUUGGCAACGAACUUACCACCAAUUACACAUCUGCCGUGCAUCUCACCGCAGCAUUCCUCCCUCAUCUCAAGAAACAGCCCCAAGGCCAUCUAAUCUACAUCAGCGCCACGCUCGGUCUAAUCCCCUCCAUGAUCCGAACACCAAACUACAAUGCAUCCAAGUCCGCGCUGCACACAUUCAUCCUCAACGUUCGAGAGCAACUCAAAGCCAGUGGAGUUUCUCAUAUCCGCAUGGUUGAAGUUUUUCCGCCAGCUGUUCAGACAGAGUUGCAUGAUGAGAAGCAUCAGCCUGAUUUGGUGAACGGCGGAGAGAUUGGAAUGCCGCUUGGUGAGUUUACGGAGAGGAUGUUUGAGGGGCUUGGUACGGGUGAUGAGCAGUUUGCUGUUGGGCCGGGGGAGAGUUUGUUUAAGGAGGAUGGGUUUGAGACGCAGAGAAUGAAGCUUUAUGAGGCGGGGAGGGAGUUUAUCAACAAAUCUUUGGCUAAGUAUCUAAAGAAGUAG